AAAAUGGAAGAAAUUGAUGAUAAAAGCAAAUUUAAAGUUCCCUCUUGGGCUGCCAAACCUCCAAACGGUGCUCAUUUAGAUGUACAGAAAGGAGAUGCAUUGAUUCAGAAACUAUUGAUUGAUGACAAGAAAGCGUAUUAUUUCGGGAGAAAUAAUAAACAGGUUGAUUUCGCUGUUGAGCAUGCUUCUUGCUCCCGAGUACACGCACUUCUCCUUUAUCACGGUCUAUUGCAACGAUUCGCACUUAUAGAUAUGGAUAGCAGUCACGGUACAUUCCUUGGAAACGUGAGACUUCGUCCACUUGAGGUUGUAUUUAUGGAUCCAGGAACACAAUUUCAUCUCGGCGCGUCUACAAGAAAAUAUUCAGUUCGUUUGAAAACUGAGCACCACGUGGAAGACGAUCCAACUGUUGCUGCUUCUGACGAGCAAUUAGAUCACCAAACUUCCUACAACACUGCUCAAAAUCGUCGUAUUCCACAACUUCCGAUAUCUGUCGAAGAAGCUCGACGAAAGAAACGACCACGUGGAAAUGUUGCUUUCCUUGAAGAAGAAGAAGUUAUCAAUCCGGAAGAUGUUGAUCCAUCAGUUGGACGAUUCCGAAAUCUUGUGACAACUGCAAUUAUAUCAACAAAUCCGAAUAAACGACCAGGAGAUCCAAAAAGAUCGGAACCACCGAGAAAGAUUGUCCGCCCGGGUCGUGAAUUGAUGUCUGCACCGCUUUCUUCAACUUUUGGACCAAUGGCUUUGAAUGCUGCACCAGAUCUCGAAUUAUAUGGGAAAUUGCUUCCCGAGCCAGGACAUCAUCAAUAUGUUACAUCGACUGCAACUGAAGAUGAAGCUGAUGAUCAUCACAAGAAAAGAUAUGCAAAGGAAGCGUGGCCAGGAAGGAAGCCUGGAGCUGGCAUUUUUUAAACUUUAAUAUUUACAUUUUAUAAGCUUAAUAAGCUGAAUAUCGGAUAAAAUUCACAAUUGA